AUGGAAAGUUCCAAGGACUUAGUGAGAGACUUGAGAACAUAUAGGCCGAAAUACCCUUUACCUGAGGAAUUGCGCGAUAUUAAUCAGGAAGAAACAUUUUGUGCAUACUGUGGUGUUAGCUACCUUAUUUUAAAUGAGAUAAAGUUUCUGGAAGAAAAAUCUGAGAAGUUAAAGGAAGAGUUAGAAACUGUUAGGCGCAGCGCAAUAAAACCUUGUGAUAUCUCAAGCAAUAAUUCCGAUAUUUUGACGCCAUAUGGUGAGAAAUGGACGCUCGCUGACAUCAAACAAUUGACACAUGAAAAAGGAGAACUCAUUCGACGGCUAGACGAUAUGAACGUAAAAUUAGUUUGUUAUGAAGCUAGUGAAAAACAGUUUGUUAAGGAAAUUUCAAAGAGUCAAGCUGAAAUUUCAUUCAUUCAAGAACUGUUAAUCGGAUCCCUUGAUUAUUUGAAACAAAUACGAAAUAGAUUGAAGAGUAAUUACAUUGAUAAAUUCUCUGAGAACAGUCUAUUUCAUUCAGUAUUCAAUGGGUUCAGUGAAUUGAGAAAGCACAUAGCUGCACUAAAUCGAACUUAUAAUGCUUCAAUCGAACAGUUAAAUAAUCAAUGCGACCGACUACAUAACAGGCUAGAGUCAAUUAUCCAAACCAAAAAUGAAGAAGUUAAACAAUAUGCUGAAAAAUUCGAUGAUCUAGAAUUAAAGUUUAAAAAAGAACGUAAUGAUUGGUCAGAAAAUCGCGGGCAAUUGCUGGCCGAUAUUUUAGUAUUAAAAGCUAAGUUAACUGAAGAAGGAAAGCGAAUAGAUAAUUUACACGAUGAAAAGAAGAAGUCAACAUUAGACUUUGAACAAAGAAUUAGUCAACUGAAAGAACAGAAUGAGCUUCAUUCACAGGAAACAAAGGCAUUAAAAGAGCAGAUUAAGUCUCUAAAUGAAAAAUUAAGUGAACAUUCUGAAAAGUCUGAUUUAAUAGAGAAAAAUUACAAAGAGAAAGAACAACAUUUACAAAAAGAGAUUGAAAGUAUGUCGAAUGAGUUAGCCAGUAGUAAUAGACUAAAUAAUCAAUUAAAUAGUGAACUCGAAAGGAGGAGACAAGAAAUAUUCGAAUUAAAGGCAAUUAGAGAUUCACAAGACGAAUCGUGUAGACAAUUACAACUGAAACUUCAUGAAAUAGAAAAUGAGCUCAACGUUAAAUUGCAUUCUAAAUCAACACUUGAAGAAGAAUUCAAAAAAGUGCUUGAAGAAAAGGAAUCAGAAAUGGAACAAUAUAAAAACCAGUUAAUUCAAAAAGUUGAACAACUUACAAUACAAGUUAAACAAAAGGAAAGAGAAAAUAUUGUUCUACAAGAAGAGCAUCGUCGUAUCAUGCAAACAAUGAAAGAUGAAAUCAAUCAGUUAACUGAUGCGGUAAAUAAUUCAAAUAUUGUUAAAACAAAUCUUGAAAAUCAAAUUGAAAAGUAUCAGAAGGAGAUAAAACAACUUCAUGUUACAGUGGGAAAAGAAUGCUUAGAGAGAGAUGAACUGAACUCUGCACUGACUGAUGCAAGACAACAGCUGAUGAGUUUGAUCGACUCAUCAAAACAGAAUACAUCAGAUCAAAAAGAAGUGAAUGAAUAUGAGACACAGAAAGAUAAUUCUCUACCGCCAAUAGUUUCACCAUCGAAAAAGUCAGAACAGUCUAUCAAGCGUGCUGUUUCCAAUAAUUCAAAUGUUUCUAGUUCUAAUAGUAUUUCUUCAAAACGUCCUAAUCAAAAUCACCGGCAUACGAAUGAUUCGAUUGGGUUAGCUGCUACACGAAGACAAAUCGCUGCCAUUAUUUCAGCAACAAAGUUUAGGUGA